AGCCAUUCGGGCUCAGUGUAUCACAUGGCGUAGGUGUAUUCGUAAGUGACGUUGCUUCAUCAGAAGAGUACGAUGCUUGCCGAUUUGACCGACCAGUCUAUGCGGGAAAACCUACUGCCCCGCACCCCACACAAGCAUGAUGAAGCAGAUACCCCGACAGCAUCAACUAUGACAUUUCAGGGGCAAGGGUGUGGCGAUCAUCUGUGCGAGAAGGCGGAGUGCACCGAGUGCGUGGACGAUCGCUUCAAACCGCUGCUCGAGUUCGAGUUUCUCGACAGGCUGGGGGACGCGAUGCUCACCAAGUUACGCGAACUCGGGUGGGGGCCCGAGAUGGGAAGCCUAGCAGAUUACUUCGACGAGCAUGGCGACAGCCUCUUGCACUCCGCCGCACGCCGGGGGGAGGCGCCGGUUGUGAAGGUGCUGCUCGAGCAGGGCGUGCAGGCCGACACCCGCUGUCAGGGAGAGUGCUGCUGCACCCCGCUGAUGGUUGCAAGCCGAUGGUGUCGACACGACUGUGUCGGCCUGCUCCUCGACCAUGGCGCCGACAUCAGCCAGGUUUAUGAUGCUCCAACCUGCUUCAGCCUGGAUCGCCAGAAAGAAUGUCGAGCACCAAGAAACAGGGCAGAUACCGGAUGGUUUGCACGUGUCGGGUUCUGGGAGACACUCGUCCGACACUGUAUCGGCACUGCCUCGACACUCUUUCGACACUUUUCCGGGUGCUCGAGAUUAUUUCUGUGAUGUGGCCAGUAAGUACGAUGGGAGCAACAUAAAGCCAGGUGAACUAUUACAAUGAGACGGCCAUCGACCAUGUCAACAAAAAGGCAAUCGGUGCUGAGUGCGACAGGCAGCUGACACUUUCAGUGAUGCGUGACAGGGGCGCGCGGUUUUGAGGCGGACAACUGCGUGACUCCUCGUUUUCACAAUCGCGUGCAGGGUGAAUUCAUGCUGGAGCUGACCAGUGGCUGCCCGGCUGCCCGAAGCGUAUGCCAGUGGUCAUGCCACGGUGUCCAGGUGCGUUUUUUUGUAUGACAGACGGAGGGGUGCGUUUUAUAGAAGAACUCCAAAAGUUUAUGUUUACGCGGCUUUUUUGUUCUUCGGUUUCAAGGACAGCAUCGCGAGAGACUGACGCAGCCUCAACCGAGCUGCCAGACUCGCGAUCGGCAGCGUGCUGCUGUCGCAUACUGCCCUCGCUGCUCUCGACCGAGAGGAGCGGCGGGCGCAGUUGUUCGGAGGCCUGGAGGUUGACACCAACGCCAAGAUCGGCGGUGUGCCUUCACCGAGAAAAAUGCUCCCCUCGGUGGUGGUGGUCCUUCUCGGGCCUUCGAAGUGGCCGAACUUCCGGCACCCGCGCCAGGAUCUAGGAUCGUCCUGCCCCUGUGGAGGCGGCCCCCUGUCACGGUGUUGGG